CCGAAGGAUACCUUACACGAGGGAGGGAGCUUACGUUAAGCUCAAGUGCACCGGUCACAUCCGGGGAAAAACGGACCUCUCUCUCUCUCUCACACACACACACACACACACACACGCACGCACGCACACAGACACACACAUACACAUACACACACACCUCACUGACGAUUGAGCGAGAGGUGACAUCGUGGUUUAACCCUUUUUUGAGCGGAAUAUCGAGUGUAGAUGGGAAAGGGAAGAACGUCGAGCUCACCACGUUGGAAGCGCACCGAUUUUUCCACCAGGACUUUCUUUAUUCCUUUCAGUUAUUUCAGCUAUUCAGUUAGUCUUUGUUUUCCCUCUCUGUGUGUAAACAGGCUCUUUACAGUAUAAAACCAUCCCUCCGACACAUUCAGCCAAUGUGAGGAGGAGAUUUAACAGCCGUUAACAGACCUGAGCUCCGGGGUGCGCGUGAUUGCGCCGUUAUUCUCUUGGUGGAGACGCGGCGCUUUGUGAAGGGUUCAGAUGAAUAAUGCCUGGAUAAGCAGUGUGCGUAAAGAGCGCGCGUGAAGCGUCCACAGAGGAACGUUUCGGGGAGUCUUUACGGAUAAUAUUAUCCUUACGAAGCCAUGACAAUGAUUCCCACCCUCACCAUCAUCGUCUUGCUUGUCUGCCAUGCAGGAUCAUCUCCAGUAGACUCUCCACCCCCUCCCAAAGGGUGUGGCUCAGAUCUGCAUCCAUCUUACCGGAUACUGUGUGACCUGGAGUCUGUGUGGGGGGUUGUUUUAGAGUCUGUGGCAUGCAGUGGUGCCAUUUCAGCUCUCGUCCUUUUCGCCAUCCUCCUCUCAAGGAUGAAAAUGGUGACUGACCCAGAGCGGCGUAGCGGUGUGGGACCUCUGCUGCUUCUGCUGCUGAGUACGGUGGGUCUGUUCUGCCUGUCUUUGGCAUUCAUGAUGGGACGUGGAGAGACUGUGUGUGUGUUGCGGCGUGGGCUGUGGAGCUCGCUCUUUGCUCUGUGUUUCUCGUGCCUGUUGGUGCAGGCAGUGCGGCUACGGAAGCUUGCGACAGGGAAACGCAGCCCAUCAGGCGGCUCACUGUCAGCACUGGCAUUCGGCAUUGCGCUCGUGCAGGGAGUCAUCAGCGGAGAGUGGCUGUUGCUCACAGUGGCACGCGAGGGCCGCAGUGCCUGUGAUUACCCACCACUGGACUUUGCAUUAGUCUGUGGCUAUGCAUUAGGACUGCUGCUCACAUCCACAACCAUCUCACUCGGAGUCCUUCUGUGUGGUUCGAGGCAUGUAGAUGAUGCAGCGAGGAAGAAGAGACGCAGAUGGAGCUGUAACGGCGUCUGGGUUUUCCUCUCAUGUCUCGUCUCUCUUCUUGUUUGGGCUGCAUGGCUCGGGUUUUACCUGUAUGGUAACGCUGCCGGGAGGAGCCCCACAACCAGUGAGACAGAUGGCGAGGAACCUGCUCUGGCUAUAGCAUUAGUGAUGGAGGGAUGGGCUCUGCUGCUCUUCCAAGCCAUUCCAGAAGCUCACCUGUGUCUGCGAACCACCAUUCAGAGGGCAGAAGAAGGGGGCCAGGAUUAUUAUGACGCGCGGCAACCGCAGUCUUCGCACGCUUACCGUGAUGACGACGAACUGCCAGCCAGUCACAGAGCAGCGUACACGGAAAGACAGACGUUUUCCAUAGAGGAGCAUAGCGCAGGCAUGCAGGGUGGAGGUUAUCACACUACAGUAAUACGCCCUACACCUCAGUUCCGAAGCCAUGUGUACCAGCCCACUGAAAUGGCCCUGCUCAUGAACGGAGGAACGAUCCCCACAGCUCCCCCGAACUACACAGGAAGACAUCUCUGGUGAAUCCCACAAUCCCUCGUCUAAUAUACACUCUGUGUGAUGUCACAGGGUUAAAGGGCAAACGGUGUGGAGAGGGUAAACUAAUAGUUUUACAUAAGCUGUGCUUUCGUACAAUAUUGUAAUAAUGUAAUAAUCUCUGUAAGUUAACCUGAAACUGAGCGAUGUUUCCAUGGCAACCGCACACUCACGUUGCACUAGAUGGUGACGAAUUACGGAUGCUUUUACACCAGGCUGUUUUUUUUCUUUUCUUACUGAAGCGACGCACAUGACACAGUAACCAUAGCAACGCUCACUAACAGAAGCUAACUAGCUAGUAUUAUCAUCACUGAUAAUAAAGAUUAGAUUUUUAUUUUCACCGUUUAAUCCUGCUGUUCUUUGAGCUUUGGCUUUUUUGCAUUUAAAAACUUUUUUUUUUUUUUAAAUCGAUGGUGCAGGAAACCACAACUCACCGCUAAAGUUUUAAAGUAAAGGAUUUAUUAUCUUUUCAUUGUUAGCUAGAUUACUAGUCAGGUGAAUUGAACGGUUUAAAUCUUUUGAGCCUAAUUAAUCCUUUUAAUUUUAAAAGAAUUGAAAAGAUUGAAUGAAAAAGAGUGUGAUUGAAAAGUUCAGAAAUUUAAAAAGCAAUAAAAUAUCAAUGAACAGCAAACGAUGCCAAACGAGGGAAAGUCGCGACGUUUUUUCUCCGAUUUUAUUUGUUUAGUUUACGAGUUCUGUAUUACGAUUAUCGUUUUGUAGUGUGACUGCAAAGAAAGAAAUUGAGUGUAAUUUUGGCGAACAAACUGAACAAAGAAGCUAGUUUUUUUAGGGUUGGGUUUUGCUACGAAUUAGUGCGUUAGCGCAGGAGCACAGCAACAUAUACGGACAAAUUCCUCUCAUCCGUUUACCUCAAUUAUUGAUUUAGUUUUGCAGUCGUGAAAGUAAAUAACCAAGAAAUCCCAAUAGAUCUAAAUGAAAUAAGAAUUAAUUCUGCUUUAAUUCUAUACUAAUGGAGUAUGAAACAUUCAUUAACAAAACACGAUCAUCCCUCACGCCGCUGUACGCCGGAUUUCUCGCUCGAUCUCCGAGCCGCAGUCAAAUUGUCCAAGAGAAGAAAGGUUUGUGAUGUCACUCAUCACUUUCCUGAACAAUUCCACACUCCGCCCCGAAUGAAGCCAGAGACAUUCACAUGAGAAUGCUACACAAUAUAAAUCGAAGCAGAGCGUUUGUUUUAACAUUUCUCACGUUUUUUUUGUUUUGUUUUGCGAGUAAAUCAGACUGUUAUAUUCCACAUUCGGCUCAUAUCAGGAUUCAGCUCUUUAGUACAUAUUAAUGCUAUAAGUAUGUUAUAGGUUUUUUUCUAUAAUUACACAUGCAGUCCUGCAUAAAAGUCCUUUUUAUACAGAUUUUUGUCUAAAAUGUUUUUAAAUUGAAGUAACAUUUUACACAACAGACAAAAGAAUCAAACCCAAGUCGUCAGCGGAAGUGUGUCAGAAAAACACACUCAUUUUCCAGCGAUUAAAACUGCACAGUUUACACCCAAGUCUUUUGCUGCUGCUACUGCUGCAAUGUUUUCACUCCACAUAUUGACUUUUUUUUUUUUUUUUUACAUUAAAAACAUUUCUUCUCCUUAAAGGUUUUACAUCAGUAAAUGAAGCACCUUAAGAAAAAAUACCAAAACACGAAGAAAAGGAAAUAAUUCUGAAUGCUAGGGAAUUGUGUGUUUGUUUGUUUUUUCUUUAGUCUAUUUUUUCUCUUUCUCUUGUGAUCCUGUGUCUGUAAACAAAUAUGCCAGUCAAGUCCAAUCAUCUUCAGCAGCAGGUCAGAGAUCAGACGUACAGUAUGACAGUGUGUUCUUUUAAAAGACUAUAAUAGAUCCCUAAUAUAUUUGCAGGAAGGUUAUCUGAGCCGUUCAGCCUCUGCUUUCAUCACAUCUUCCCUUUUCAGUCUUUGUUCAAAAUGAGCUUCGACUCAGCUGUUCGGGUCACUAAAGUAUCAUGAGACAGGAAACAUCACUGGGUAUCAAAAGAAAAGCAUGAAACCGCACGAAAGACAAGAGCAAUAAUAGACGUAGGAGUCGAGGGCUGACCGGAGGACAGGUGAACACAUUAGAUAACAGACCAAUGGCAGGAAAGGGGCGGAGUCAGAACCAGAAUCAAAGCCAUGAGCAUUUGGUAAAGAAAAUGUCGACUCAGCGCUUGUGUCAGUUAGUGACAGCGAGUGGAAGGAAGGAAUAAAUAAACAAACAAACAAACAAAUAGUUUCAUAUGUUCUCCAGUUUUCUCCAAUCUACCAAAAAACAUGAUGGAACAAAGAUAGAUUAAGUUGUGUGUGUUUUGUGUGUGUGUGUUUGUUAAUUAAAGAAAAAUUUAGUGAAAACUCCACCAGCACCAUUAAUUUACAAAGCGUCUGCAUUUCUCCAUCUUUAAUUCCUGUACGAUUAAAAAAAAUAUUGUUAUUAAUUUUUUCUUUUUAUUUUUUUAUAAAGAAAGCACCAAGCCUGUGUGUGUGAAGCAGCUCGUAUGAUAUUGCCGUGACGUGACAGUACUGUAUUCACUUCAACUAGCCAGUUCUGCCUGUUGCGUUUCCUAUAAAGCACUAUUUGGGAAGAAGUUUACCGACAACACUUCAGUCUGUAAUCACGAUAAUAACGUCACGUCGUUUAAAUCCAAGCCUUUGUUUUUAAUCUCGUUUAAAAUCAGCUCCUUGACUCCUCACACGGGGAUGAAGACAAUCAGAAAAUGUGACCGUUUCCUGACGCCGGCGUAACUUUCUGUUGCUGUUUCUGUUGUGUUGUUUCUUUAGUUCUCACACAGGUUACUGAAGACUUGUGUGAGAGUUUAAGGCUGUAGUCUGGAUAAAGGCUGAAGUGGAGAGUUUGUGGGGUUUGGGUUUGUUUUGCUAUUCAGGGAUGUGUUUCUGUGCACUUUAAAACAUGAUGCUGUACUAAUGCAUACUUUCAUUCAUUUCCAGCCUUGAUGUUGAAUAGUUUCUCUCUCUCUCUCUCUCUCUCUCUCUCUCUCUCUCUCUCUCUCUCUCUCUCUCUCUCAAGUGAAUUAUUUUCUAUCUUUUUCAAUGGUUUGGCGUUUUGUUUUCCUUUUGUAACUAUUUUGUGAGCAGUGUUGAGAUUUAGGCUUAUUUUCUAGUAUGAGUAACUGAAUAAUAUGAGUAGCACUUUAAAUAGACGAAGGGUCGUAACGUUGUCCGUGCUUUCGUUUUUUAACAAACACAUUUGUUUAAUGGCCAGUCGUUGUUAGUGGUGUAAUUCCUGCACGCUUUGGUAUAAAACUUAUGAAGAUUUGUUCUGGAUCCUGAAGAAAGAUCCUGAUUUUGUCCGCCGAGGAAUCACGGGAUCAUCUCCACCUUCACCUCUUCCUCUUCUUCUUCAUCACCUCCAGUAUGCCCCCCCUUCCUCUUCUGGUUUGUACGUUGUACAGACAUGGUCGUUCCUUUGUCUGGACUCUGGACUGUUCCAUUUCAUAUCACGGUGGGGGUGGAGCUUGUGGAGGAUGGACUGGGUUUUUGACGUGGACAGAAGUUAAUGGUUGCACACGUGUUAACGUUCCUACAGUUCAGUCGUGCUAAGAUACAAUAUGGUGCAGUUUAAUUGAUUUCAAUGUCUCCUCUGACAAUAAAGCUAACCACGGCA